CGUUGUUUCCGGUUAGCUGCUCGCUAUAGUGCGUCAGAUACCGGGAUGAUCAGACUUCAAACACCGGGCCUGUGUGUUUCAAUAAAACCCGCUGCUCUUUACUAUGAGUUUAGUGUGUAAUGUCGAUAUUUACCGUCAGCAAUACGAGAAUGAAAAGCAGUGGUCCGCUAGACGUCAGUUCAUAGUUAAGCAUAUCGAAGAGUAUGAGGACAAUGCUCUUGAUAAGCUUCUGGCUCUUUCGAUGGUGUGGGUUAACCACAUUUUCAUGGGAUGCAGAUAUGGCCCUCAAAUAAUGCACAAGGCGCUUGAGAUGGCAGAAGGGAUUGAUAUUGGCGAAAUGCCCUCCUAUGAACUAGUACCAAGCGCUGAAGCAAAAAAGAGGCCAAAUUCAUCUGAUGGAAGUGUGAAGACAUUGAGGAAUAUGCCAAUGUCAAAAUUAGGUUCCAGACCUCGCUUUGAGCCAGUACACUUUGUGAGUGGCGGGAACAGCAACAGUGGAGUAGGAGGAACUGACGAAAAAGAAAAUGAGGAGGAGCGCAGGAGGAGUGAGAUGAAUGAUUUAAGACCAGAUCAUCAGCCAUAUAAUGGUAGCUGUGGUAAUGGCCCCUCUUCCUCCUCUGGCUCUUCUGAGAUUAGGAGGUUUGUUUACAAUGAUUGGCCUAAGCAAAGAGGCAAGGACACUACCUCCAGCACAAGUGGGCUAGGCUAUGGCAGCAGAGGGCCCACCGGAAACUUCAUGGGAACAGUGCAGCAGGAGUACACUGCUAGAUAUGAGGCACACACUGCCAGACAGUCGGACUCAUUCUCACAAGCAGAUGGUUUUGAUGGAUCCGGCAGCACUGGAAGGUCUGGAGGCUGGGAUGCUGGACUGGGAUUUGGGCAUCAGGAUAGACCAACUUCAAGCAAGGUUUUCACCAGGCUAUAUGAUGGUCCAAGCAGGAGUGGUUCUGGUCUUCUUCCUACACCCUCACUGCCAACCUCUUUACUUCCAAAGAGAGAUGAGGAAAAACAGAGGCUGAUUACCAGAGUAGCAUCAGCUGUCGCGGUCACACUCCAAGAUCCUGCCUUCAUGAGUGGACCUGAUACACCAAAUUACAAUUUCAUACUCAGCCGCAGCAUUCAGGCCUGUAAAACAAACCCUGAGUAUAUAUAUGUAAAUUUAAGAGAUAUUCCACCCUCUGACCUACCGAACAACAGGAAGGUACUCUCCGAUGGAUAUGCAUGCGAACUGAGGUGUCAGUCUGUAUACCUUGCCACGGGGUACUCCGGCAGCAAAAAUGGCGCCAGAGACCGUGCAUCAGAACAGGCUGUCAAGCUUUUCAUGAGGCCAGUGGAGGUUCGUGUUUUGCAACGGCAGUAUAAGCGCAAUUGCGUCAACGAUUUGGUGGUGUGCCAGGUUAAUGCUCCAGCCCCAAACCUCCCCCCACCACUUCGUAACCCGGAGGACAAGCAGCCCCCCUGCACCAAGGGCCAAUAUGAGCCUGACAGAAGCAAACACUGGACAGAAUUUGUUAUCAUGGAAAAUGCACACGAUGCCAUCUGCAUACUUAACAACUCUGCUGCGUUCAACCGAAUGAAAGUUGAUUACACUUUUCACACGGUUCCCAACAGCUGUUUAUGGCUGUGUAGUGUGUACUUGCAAGGUGAGCUAGUGGCACAAGCCAGAGGGAGUAAAAAGAGCUCAAAACAUUCUGCUGCAGAGGAGGCAGUAAGGAAGUUGCGAAUGAAUCAGGCUGCUCGCCAGCAACAGCAGCAUUUGAAUGAAGGCAACAACAAUUCAGAUAAGCCCAGCAGCUGCAUUAGCCAGCAUAGUGGUAGGAAAGCGCAUUUUAGUCAACUGGUUAUCCUUGAAAACUCUGAUAAUUCCAUCUGCAUAAUAAAUGACACUGCCCAAUUUAACAAGGUAUCUGCUGACUACAAAUUUACAGUUCUGCCAGACCAUCGCUGGAGGUGUGAAGUUUACCUAGAUGGUCAAUAUGUGGCUGCAGGCAUUGGACCCAAAAAGACUGUUAAGCAUAUUGCAGCAGAGGAAGCCCUGGCCACACUUCGACGAACACAGGCAGUGGUGAAGUCCAACCUCAGAAAGGAUUGUAGCGUGGAUGCAAUUUCCAGAAAUCAAAUUAUAUCUCGUUCCGGUGAGGAGUCCAUGCGACAGGAGAUCAAGGAGGACAACAUAGGCAAUCAGCUACUCCGUAAGAUGGGCUGGACGGGUGGUGGUUUGGGGAGAGAGGGGGAGGGCAUUGCUGAGCCUAUCAUGGUAAAAGAGCAGUUUACCAGGGAAGGAUUUGGUAUGGAUAUGGACAGGAAUGGCAACCAGCUCACAAAGCGUGACAUUGAGGACAUAAUUCAGAAUUAUGCCAGUUCCGAUCGCCAAGAUGAUCUACGCUUCUCAACUGAGCUCAACAAUGAAGAGCGCAGGCAGAUCCAUCAGAUAGCCCAAAGGUACGGGCUGCGGAGCAAAUCUUACGGACAGGGCAAGCAACGCUUUCUUGUGGUUAGCCGCAGAGUUCAGAAGGACCAGCUAAUUGGUCAGCUUUUGCAGGAAGGGCAGGUAGGACGAUAUGAACUGGUGAAACCUCAGGUCUCACACUGAAACAAAUAGAUGGCCAUUUAUUAUAGCAAAGCGGUUUUACUUGUCCUUGUUACUUUUGCUGUUUUUGUUUCAGAAAAGUGUAAAACAUUUAAUAGAAAAAAGAUGAAAUGUGGCAGGUAACUACUCUGCAAGCCUAGAAGACCUGUGAAUUUCUCAAAUAAUGUUACAAUGUGUACUCUCGCUCCAUUCACCCUUUUGUAAUUUAUAGAAUUUGUCCAGAUUUGCUGUACGUUAGCUCAAGGCCAAAUGAUGUACACAAGCUACUUUACUAAAUGAAUCAUAUCAUGUAUCCUGUAAAUCAUAUUUAUUGGAUAUUAGUAGUGGGGUCCUUGUCGCAGCAUGUCGUCCUCUUAGAAGUGAUAUUACGUUUUAUAUUUUUACAAUGGACAAUAUAACAUUAACUGAGUUGUCUAAUGUAUUGUAAGAUUUACACCUGAAUUCUGAAAAUAACCAUAUUUAAAUAAGAAAACAUGUUUGUCAUUUGCAGGUAGUUGACUGAAGAAUUGUCCAUAAAAUUAAAAACUCAACUUCAU